AACUGGAUUUAGUUAUUUAGAAAACAAAUUUAAUUGAAAGUUUAAAGGGAAACAGUCCCUUGUUUUAACACAAAUACUCAAGAAAUAUAGUAAUCCUAAUUUAAAUUAUAUUUGAAAGCCCGCCAAGUGAAGUUACAAAGAUUGAUGAUAUGUGGCUCACUCCUUAUCAGGAGGUUACUGAGGCCCUGAAUGGUUAUGGGCUGAGGGAUUUUGAAAAUAUAAACAUAGUUACAAAACUUGCAUUUUAAAUAUAUCUUUUGACAUAUAUGAAUUACUAAAUGUUAUGGAUGCUCUGAAUUUUCUGAGUAAGAAGGAAGAAGUAGAAAAGGAAAUUAAUGAACUGAAAUCACAAAUUGAAGAGAAAAAAAGAGUACUUGAAACACUUGUUUCUAAUCAAAACAAACACAAUUUAACAAAUUGGGAAAUAUCGAGAUAUAGCCGCCAAAUUCUUGUACCCAACAUUGGUAUAAAAGGACAAGAAAGCUUUAAGAAUGGUAAAGUUUUGAUUAUUGGUGCUGGUGGUUUAGGAUGUCCAGCCGCUCAAUAUUUGGCUGGAUGUGGAAUUGGUCACAUAGGAUUAGUUGAUUAUGAUGAAGUUGAAGAAAAUAAUUUACAUCGUCAGUUGCUACAUCAAGAAAACAGCAUAGGAACCUCAAAAGUGAGAUCAGCUGCUCAAGCUUUAAGGAGUAUUAACAGUCAUAUUAAAGUCGAUGAAUAUCCGGUUCAGCUGAACAGUUUGAAUGCCAUUCAGAUAAUGCAGUCAUAUUCUGUUGUAAUUGAUGCAAGUGACAAUCCAUCAACAAGAUAUUUAGUGAAUGAUGCAUGCAUAAUGACAAAAUUGCCUCUUGUUUCGGGCAGUGCUGUUGGAAUGGAAGGUCAGCUUACUGUUUAUAACUAUAAAGGAGGACCUUGCUACCGUUGUUUAUUUCCGGAUCCUCCACCACCAAACACAGUUUCAAACUGUGGGGACGCUGGUGUUCUUGGACCAGUUCCAGGAGUAAUAGGAACAAUGCAGGCUUUGCAGGCUAUACACAUUCUCUUGGAAAGUGAAGGUGUUCUUUCAAGCAAAUUGCUUCUUUUUGAUGGAGCUGAUACUAAGUUUCGAACUGUUAAGUUAAGAGGAAAAUCUGCUGGAUGUGUUGUCUGCGGUGAGAAUCCUACUAUUACAAGGUUAAUUGACUAUGAACAAUUCUGUGGGGCUCCUGCUAACGAUAAGCAUGCAGCUGUUAAUCUUCUUAAACCAGAAGAAAGAAUUACUGUUAGCGAAUUAAGAACUGCAUUGAAAGAAAAAGGAAAGCCUGUUGUGAUCGACGUGAGAUCUAAGACCGAGUUUGAUAUCUGCAGGCUCCCUGGAUCAGUUAACAUACCGCUGGCUGAUAUCGAAAAACAAUCUGCACAGAACACUCUAAAGAGUGUCAUUAGCAAGUCUCCUAAUCCAAAUGAACCAGUUUAUGUGAUAUGCAGGCGAGGAAAUGAUUCUCAAAAGGCUGUCAAAAAAUUGAGGGAGCUAAUGCUCCUAAAUCAAGAUUUUUUUGACGUUCGUGGAGGGCUUCAUGCAUGGGCAAGAGACAUUGACCAUACAUUCCCAAUUUAUUGAUGUAUAUUUAUUUUAAUUCAAAUGUAAAUAAAAUUAUAUUUUAUUG